AUGGGGGCGUCCAGUACAGGACCAAAGUCGAAAAAACGACGUACAGAAGAAAACCGUGAUGAUGAGAACAACCAACAGCCUCAAGAGAUUCCGCCGCAGUUGAAUGUUGAUGAUUUAGAAAACAAUAAUCAUCACAUUGUUUCGAAUUCAAGAGAUAGUGAUUUAAAUAUCGCAUCAAUUAAUGUUAUGUUGAGCGAGUGCGACUUAUUGAAUAACAACACAACUAUGACCAAUAACAAUUAUUUAACUGUAUCGCUUACACCUAGUGAUCCCAACGCUUUCACAACAACACUUUGCAAGGUUAAUACAAAACAAUUGUCUUAUCAGCUGUCAGAAAGAAAACUUUUACCAUCGUGUGAAAAUUGUAAGGACAAAACAGUAAAGGAAGGGUUUAAGAAAAGUUUAAAAAAGAAAUUGGAAAUCAAAGAGAAUAAGAAGAAGAAAAAGGAAAAACCGAAAGCCCCGAGAGCGCCAGGCGGUGUUGGACAGGGUGGUGGCGGGAGAGGCCGCAUGUCUGAGCAAGACCAAAUGAUGAGAAGCCCACGGAGAAAGCUUAACACAAAGCAAGAGAAGUAA